CGUUCCCAUUUUGACUUGCCUUUCCUAGACUCUCUCUCUCCCCCGUUAUGAGAAGCCCACCGGAGAGCGGGUCGCGCACCGGUCGAGGCGAAGAAAUUGCGGCGCGGCAACUAAACCCUACCGCCUCUGCCUCGCCGCCACGCUCCCUUAUUAUGGACGGGGCCUGCUGCGACGGCGGUGGCUCGCCGGAGUCCGGCGGGGCGUCCUCGUCGGCGUCGUCGUACGGCUCCGCGUCCCGGCUGCAGAAGGGGGUGCGCCUGCGGCGGCGGCGGCAGAGGCUCCGGAGACCGCUGCUUGCGACUGGAGGGGAUGGGAGGGGCGCCGCCGACGGCGCGCAGGACCUCGCGCUGCCUCUCGGGAUGUCCUUCGCGGCGGUUCUUGCCCAGGUCCUUAAUAGAAGCAGUUGCUCUGAAGGAAGAUUACAACCUGAUUUCCUUUCAAAGAUGUGCACGUCAGCAGUGAAAGAGUCCUUGACAAAUAUAUAUGGUGAUAGAUUCGACAACUUCACGAAAAACUUUGAGAAAUCAUUUGGAAGUACAUUGAGGACACUUCAUUUAAUUAAUGAGACACCUGUCUAUGAGCAAGAUAACUCUCGGUUUUCUCACGAAGAUGGUACUUCUGCUGCUGAAAUCAAAUUGAGUGGUGCUGAUUCAAAAAGGCCGGUACAUGAUAUCCAGGAGAGUACAUCGUUAAGUUCAAUGGAUAAUCAAAUCAUUCUUCAUGCGGGCACCGAUCAGCAGUUGGUUAAACUACCUCAUAAUAAAGCUAGUCCAGAAUUUGAUAGGCACAUUCUUAAUGUAUUUGAGAGAUCUCUGAAUGAGCAGACUCGUUCAAAUGAGCUCAAGGAACUUGAAAUAGGACUAAACAUGAGGAAAUUGCAAUUGAAGCAAUCUCAGAUAGCUCUCAGCUCAUACUCACACAUGCUAGAGAAGAUCAAAAUUUCUAUGGGAUUUCAGAAAGCUUCUUUCAGAGAGGAAAAAUUUAGGACGCAAAUGGAGGACACAAGACAUGCUGAACUCCUCAGGAGGCUUAUAGAUUUGCUCCUUACCGCAGUGGUAUUUAUGUCUGUCUGUUUUGGUUAUGGAACCUAUAUUUAUUCGUACAAGCGGAUAACUGCUGUUACUGCAGCUUGUGCAGCGGCUUCAAGGGAACCUAAAUCUUGGUGGAUGCCAAAUUCAGUAUCAGCUUUCAAUUCGGGUUUGCUGUUUUUCAGGUGUCAUUUAAUAGCAGCAACAAGGAUGUCAUUUGGCAUGUUAAUGAUUCUCUUGAUUGCUUGGUUGAUAUUCCAGCGUUCUGCAAUGACUGGACCAAACAUGCCAAUAACGUUCAAUGUUAUGUUAUUGGGAGUUCUCUGUGGUUCUGUCGGAAGGUUCUGCGUUGACACACUAGGCGGGGAUGGAAAUGUCUGGCUCUUUUUCUGGGAGAUUCUCUGCUUCAUCCAUUUAUUUGGGAACAGCAGGCCAUCUCUUUUAUACCGCAUGCUUUAUGGUCCUAUUUCAGUGACUGACAGAACGAAGGCGUCUGAUUUACCAUAUCGGGUUUGCCGAUACACAUUUUAUACUGUCCUGUCGGUUAUUCUCCCAUGCUUGGCUGGUUUGCUGCCAUUUGCUUCCCUGUCAGACUGGAAUGAGCUUGUGGUAGAAUAUAUGAAGUCCAAAUUCAUUAGAAUUAAUACUGAGGUUUGAGAGAUUGGAUCUGUCUACCAGCACGACAGAAAAGCCUUGAUAUGUUUUCAGGUUGGACAAUAACACUUCCAACGUUGUUGUCAGAUAUGGAUCAGAUUUGACUGUUGUAAGAAGGGCUGUGUUUUUCUUAGGUUGCUCAGCUUUGUAGGUUGUUGGCAUGAGCAGAACUUGAUUGUUGAAACGUCAGAUGAAGCAGCCAAGCAGGUUUUUGGUUGUGUUCAUUUGCGCACCAUUAUCAAGUGCAAGAUGCUUCAUUUCCGAUAUGUAAUUUCUUUUCAUCAAGGAAGUUCAAAAAGAAUAUCGUUUAUACUUUAAUUGCCUCUUUUUUGUGGCUCUGAUGCAUAUGGGGCUUGUCCUUCAUAUUGGGGGUAUGUUAGUUAUUCUUUUCUGCAUAUUUGAGUUUUCUCUGCGGCUUCAAGACUUCAACUGACAACCAGAUUGGUGUACUUAUUCAGGCAUAGUUGAUCGGUCUAUGUAAAGUUGUAAAUUGUAAUGCCAACAUGUUCGAUUUAUUAAUUUCGUAUUUUCUUGCCAAUGUACAGUAUGGGUCGUCUGAUGUAUGUACAUGUAAAUGGCUGUAAAACAUUCAGCAGGUGAUGUACAGAGUCUUGGUUUGUAAAUACUAAAUUGAAGAGUUAUUUUUUCCAGUUUUGCUGUAUGGAUCAACCGGUGAAAUAUGUAUAUCGAUUUUAAUCAAUGCA